CAUGUGUUAAUCAUGUGAUAAAUAUUGGAUUAACAAUUAAAACCAAACUCACCUACAAGAAUGGAAGCUUUUUACUGGGAUUAAACCAAACCAUUUGUUGAUGAAGGAGCAAAGCUGAGCUUCCUCUCACAAUCUACAGCCAUGGCUUUGAUUUACCAGCAUGUUUUUCUAAUUCUCUUCAUUUCAGUUAUUCCCAUUUCUCAAUCCGUUGUUCUUGAUCCUGAUUACUACAAAACCACAUGUCCGGAUUUUAAUCGAGUCGUCCUGGAACAAGUCCAGGAAAAGCAAGCUAAAUUCGUCACCACCGCCGCCGCCACGCUCCGCCUCUACUUCCACGACUGCAUGACCGGAGGCUGUGACGGAUCUAUUCUUAUUGGCUCAACUUCUGACAAUCAGGCGGAGAAGGAAUAUGAAGACAACAUUUCACUCCCCGGCGACGCUUUUGAUAUCAUCUUUAGAAUCAAGACGGCGUUGGAGAUGAUCUGCCCCGGCGUUGUCUCCUGUGCUGAUAUUCUCACAGCCGCCACGCGUAACCUUCUGGUGAUUGUCGGUGGACCUCAUUACCCCGUCUUACUCGGACGCAAAGACGGCCUGGUUUCCAACGCCUCCCGUGUCAACGGAAGUCUUCCACAUGAAGGCAUGAAUGUAGAUCAAAUGAUUGCAUUUUUUGAACGCAGGGGCUUCACCACUCAAGAAAUGGUGGCUCUGUUGGGCGCACACACAAUUGGUUUCGCAAGCUGCAAGAAAUUCAGCAAGAGGCUCUUUAAUUUCUCUGCCGAAGCCCCUACCGAUCCCGGCCUAAAACCUGCCUACGCCGAAGCACUAAAAAAAUUGUGCGGAGAUCCGAAGACCUUCGACACAACGGCGGCUUUUAACGACGUUAAGACUCCAGGAAAAUUCGAUAACGCUUAUUACAAGAAUUUGCCUAAGGGGCUAGGGCUUUUGGCGACGGAUAAUUUACUUUAUCAGGAUCUACGAACGAGGCCUUUUGUUGAAUUGUAUGCAGCAAAUGAGACGGCGUUCUUUAAGGAUUUCGGAAAUGCCAUGGUGAAGAUGAGUUACAUAGAAGUGAAGACUGAUGGAGAUCCGAACGGCGAGGUGAGGCGCCGAUGCGACGCUUUUAAUACUGCGGCCGCUUAAGAUCUGUUGCUGAUGAUUAACAGAUCGAUCUUCGUCAAUGUUUCGAUUAUUCGUUGAAUUUUUUUUUUCCCUUUAAUUUGUUAAAAUAAUAUGUGACUCAUUUGAUUUGUCAAACCAAGGUGACAAGGGGAAUCAUUUUUUUGGCUUCUCUUGUGUUUUAAUAUAAAUAUACCAGAAUAAAUAAAUAAUAAAGGAGGACAAAUAUUUUUUGGUUCA